AUGGCAUUUUCUACUAAAGCCUUUAGAAGCUGCAGAUCGUUGCCAUUGAGACUUCAUUCGAAAGCUUUCUUCAGAUGCAAUACCAGACUUUAUUCUUCAGCACGCACAAACUCCGAAGCUCUGUCAACUAUUAAAUAUGUUGCGGGUGCUUUACUUUUUGGAAGCGGUAUUUCCAUGGGAAUCUACUGGAAUCGGGCAAAGAGUUCCAAGGGAACAUUGAAUAAUGAUAAUACAACAGAUAAUUCAACUAGUAGGCUCGGAAGUGUUUCUCCAGUCCAGUAUGCUACCGAAGCAGACUUCAAAAAGGCUAUUAAGGAAAUCAAGAAAAUUGUUGGCAAAGAUAACAUCAGCACUGAUGCAGAUGUUAUUCUUUCUCAUAGUGAUUCGUUUUUUAGUACCCAUCAUCCUCCAAAUCCAACCGAACAAAAACCGCAAGUGGUGAUUUACCCUAACUCUACGGAGGAUGUCUCGGAAAUUGUGAAGGUUAUGCACAAGUAUCGUGUUCCCAUUGUCGCCAGCUCGGGAUUGACAUCGUUGGAAGGCCAUACGAUGCAUACUAGAGGGCCGAUCAGUGUUUCGUUGUCGUUUGACCGUAUGGAUAAUGUGCUUGCAGUUCAUCCUGUCGAUCUUGAUGCCAUAGUCCAGCCUGGUGUGGGAUGGCAAGAAUUGGAUGAAUACUUACAGGGUGAUAGCUCCACCGAGCAUCUUAUGCUCGGACCCGAUCCUGGUAUUGGGGCAAGAAUUGGUGGUAUGGUCGGUAGCAGUUGUUCUGGUACUAAUGCCUACAAGUAUGGUACCAUGAAGGAAAACGUGGUUAAUUUAACUGUUGUGUUAGCGGACGGAACUAUCAUUAAGACUAAACAAAGACCUAGAAAGUCCAGUGCUGGUUAUGAUAUGACAAGAUUAUUUAUUGGUUCUGAAGGUACUUUGGGAAUUAUUACAGAAAUCACCGUUAAGUUGCAUGUACGUCCUAAACUUGAGUUGGUCAGUGUGGCAACUUUCCCCACUAUAGCAGAUGCAGCUAGCACUGCCCAGGCAAUCAUCAAAAGUGGUCUUCAAAUGAAUGCCAUUGAGCUUUUGAACGCAACUAUGGUCUCUUUUGUUAACAACUACGGCGGUGUUACAGAUGAAAAUGACGAACCAAAGAAAUUUAUUGAAAAACCAACUUUGCUUUUCAAGGUGGGUGGUCCAUCGAAAACAGCAAUCGAUGAGCAGCUCGAAUUAAUUGAAGCUAUCAGUAAGGAAAAUCACUUGGUAAAGCUCGAAAGUUCUCAUAACGAAGACGAGAACGCCAUCUUAUGGUCAUCCCGUAGGAAUGGCUUAUGGUCUACCGUGCAAUACGGAUCUGAGAUUCUCGAAGAUAAGAAUGAUGUCCAGAUCUGGACCACCGAUUUCGCUGUCCCUAUUUCCCACUUAGCAAACGUUAUUGCCGAGACAAACGACGAUUUGAACAACCUGGGAUUCCAGGAUAAGUUCUCUGUCCUAGGUCAUGUGGGAGAUGGCAAUUGUCACUUCUUAAUUGUAUAUAAUACUAAAGACUACCGGAGAGUUAGCGAAGCAGUUGAUAGAAUGGUUUUCCGGGCAUUAAAGUAUGAAGGAACAUGUACCGGAGAACAUGGCGUAGGUGUCGGUAAGAGAAAAUACUUGAACACUGAACUUGGUACCACCACUGUGGAUUUAAUGAGACAUCUCAAGUUGCUGAUGGAUCCCAGAAGAAUCUUGAAUCCUGAUAAAAUAUUCAAGCUCGAUUCUACCGAUACUUUAGAUGAACAGUUAGAACACGGGGAUAUCAAAGCAGUCGGUGCUCCCUGUUGUAGCUCAUAG